GCCGGCCCCCCGGCUCCCGGCUUUCCCAGGCUCCCGGAGUGGUGAAUGCCUCUUUCACCAGCAGUCCCCCUCUUCCCAAAAAAGCAUCACCUUGCCAGCUCCCUUCCUCCCGCCAGCUGCCAGGAAAAUAAAAAUUAGGGCAAGGAGAGGGAGCGAGAGAAAAGCCAAUGAACUUGUUUCCAGCUUUUCCUUUGGAUCAGCCAUCCAGCACCAGGAGAAAAAUAUUUCUCCUGUAAAAAUAUCCUCUCUCCGUGCAGGCUCCGAGCCCUUCGGCACUGGGACGCUGGCCGGAGACGUGGGCUCAGCUCGGCGGCAGAGGAUACUGUGGGAAGAUCCAUAGUUUUUCCCGCUGCGGAAGCAGGCUGAUGAGGAGGAAAGCGGAACGGCGCCUGCGGAUGAGAUGGGUUUAACAGAGACCUGGAAGGAAAACCCAACUGGGAGGGGAGAGCCGGCCUCCUGAGCUACCCAACAGCUGGAGGGUGGCGAAAACAUCUGGAACAGCUGGAUCAGCUCGGGAUGUGGGACUUGCAGGGCAGGGAGCAUGGCGGGGUCACAGACACUCCCUCGGGUCCGGGGUCCCCGCUAGCCAGGCAGCUGCAGGGCGGCUGUGUGGGCUCUGUGCCUCAGUUUCCCCACCUGGGAGCUGGGCUGGGAUUGCGAGGCUGGACGGGUUGCGGCAGUGGUCUGGAGAGGAUGGUGUCACUUGGGCAGCAUCAUGGCGUGGGAGUGGGGACCCGUGGGGGCACCCAGGAACACCAUGGACCUGGGCAGCCAGCUGGACCCCCGGGAUGUGUUUUCUUGUGAAAUAAGCUUAAAAAAGAUUGUUCAUGGUCAGGAGCAUUGUACCAACUCCCUGGCCAUGCACAUGCACACAGAAUCUCUGCAUUUAUAUGUCUAUCUAUUUAUAUAUAUCUAUAUCUUUAUAUAUUUAGUUUUUGCAACCAAACCUGAGCCUUUCAAAUCAGAAAAAAAAAAAAAAAAAAGUGACGUUUGAGGAACCUGGAGCUUUUCAAAGGUUUUGCUGAAAAUCUAGAAAAUUUAAAGGAAGGGGUGGAGAGAGUCAGGAGGUGGCCAGAAACCUCAGCCCUGGGUCAAAAGCAACUUUUUCCUGUAAAAAAAGAAAACAUACUGCUGGAAACAUCAUGCAGUGCUGCUGCUUGCCUGGCACCGUGGGGAUGGGAAGGCGCUUUUCCUGGGGGGGAUGUUUUCGGGCCUGAUGUUGGCUCUGUGUUACAGGUAUCACUAUGGAUGUGUGGAGCCGUGGGGACAACCUGAGCCCUGUGGGGACCUGCCACCUGCCUGCCAGUCCUGCUCCUGUGCUAGCAGAGCGGUGGGGAUGGAGGUGCUGAGCCGCAGCGCAGAGCUGGGUGGGUUGUCACCCCAAGGACCCCACAGUGGGUGCCCUGGCAGGUGCGCAACGGAUCACAACUCGGAUAACACGACGGCUAUACUGCGGGAGUGGCUGGGGGCGGUGGGGAAGGACUAUCACUCGGUGGCCUGGAAGGUGCAGGAGGAGCCCAGCUCCUACCCCGACGAGCUCGGGCCCAAGCACUGGAGUGACAAACGCUACGAAAACUUGAUGAGGCUGAAGCAGGAGGCUCUCACCUACGCCCGGGAGCAGCGGGCGGACUACGUCCUGUUCGUGGACACUGACAGCAUCCUGACCAACAACCAGACCCUCAAGUUUCUCAUGGCGCAGAACAAGUCAGUGGUGGCUCCCAUGCUGGACUCGCAAACCUUCUAUUCCAAUUUCUGGUGCGGCAUCACACCCCAGGGGUACUACCGCCGGACAGCUGACUACUUCCCCACCAAGAACCGGCAGCGGGUGGGCUGCUUCUCUGUCCCCAUGGUCUACGCCACCUUCCUGAUCGACCUGCGGAAGGAGGAGACGUCGCGGUUGGCUUUCUACCCACCCCAUCCCAACUACACCUGGGCCUUCGACGAUAUCAUCGUCUUCGCCUACUCCUGCCAGGCGGCUGGCGCGGAGGUCUGUGUGUGCAACCAGGAGCGCUUCGGUUACAUCAACGUCCCCGUGAAGGCCCACCAGACGCUGGAGGAUGAACGCGCCAACUUUGUGCAUCUCACGCUGGAGGCCAUGGUGGAUGGCCCUCCCAUGCAGCGCUCCAGGCACAUUUCCCUCCUCCCCAAGCCGCUCACGAAAAUGGGCUUUGAUGAAGUCUUCCUCAUCAACCUGGUGCGGAGGCCGGACCGGCGCCAGCGGAUGCUGGCAUCCCUGCGGGAGCUGGAGAUCGCCCCGCAGGUGGUGGAUGCCGUGGAUGGGAGCACCCUCAACAGCAGUGAUAUCAAGGUGCUGGGGGUGGACCUGCUCCCUGGGUACUACGACCCCUUCUCUGGCCGCACGCUCACCAAGGGCGAGGUUGGCUGCUUCCUCAGCCACUACAACAUCUGGAAGGAGAUCGUGUCCCGGGGGCUGGAGCGGUCAGUGGUCUUUGAGGACGAUGUGCGCUUUGAAGCCGCCUUCCCGGCACGGCUGCAGCGGUUGAUGGAGGAGCUGGAGGGGGCACAGCAGGAUUGGGACCUCAUCUACCUGGGGAGGAAGCAGGUGAAUGCGGAGGACGAGGCGCCCGUGGAGGGGGUGAGAAAUCUGGUGGUGGCCGGGUACUCGUACUGGACGCUGGCCUACGCCAUCUCCCACCGUGGGGCACAGAAGCUGCUGGCUGCCGAGCCCCUCUCCAAAAUGCUGCCGGUGGACGAGUUCCUGCCCAUCAUGUACGACAAGCACCCCAACGAGGAAUACAAGCAGCACUUUGCCCCUCGGGACCUGCUGGUGUUUUCAGCUCACCCCCUCCUGGUUUAUCCCACCCACUAUGCUGGGGAGAGCAACUGGCUGAGCGACACCGAGACCUCCACCAUCUGGGACGAUGACACCAAGAAGACCGACUGGGCUGGCUCACAGAAGACCCUGAGGGACUCACGGGGUGGUGCUGGCCACCUCCGCUCCACCGCCCGCGACGAGCUCUGAUGGGAUGAGGGAUUGUGACCCAGCAGGGAGUGCUGCAGGGCAGUGGCCUCAUCCUGCCCGCUCCUGCUUGAGAGAUGCAGCUGCCCUGGACCGGUCCCCACCAGGGUCCUUCGAACUUACACGUGGCAGAUCCACCCAAGGCAGGAUUUGCCCCAGGGCUCCUGGAGAGCCCUUUCCCUGCCAGAUGGAGGGACCAGGGGAGCGCUGUGCUCCGUGUCUGCUGAGGACACGUCUCCAGGACCGUCCUGAGCGAAACCAACUCUGCCGUCUCCUGCUGGCUUGGACUUGGGGGAGGGUUUUUCAGGCCAGGGGCUGGCUCCCGUGGUGGCACCCGUGGCCUCCUGCCACCAACCGGGCUUGUCCCUCGCCUGUGCCGUGUCUGGGCUGAAGCCCAGGGAGGAUUAAAGCAGACUGUGUUGGAGCUGA